AUGCAUGAAAAUCCAGUUUCCGAAAAGAAACCAGCUCUCAAAGAAACUUGUGACCUAGACGGACCCAUGUGCGAAGGCACAGGACAUUGCUGUUCGGCAAUUCCUUCUCAGCGUUAUGCUUCCUUUGAUAAUGAGAUGCUAGUCAUCAUGAGGGCUUUCGUCGGUGGUUAUAGCGGAUUUCGUGCCAGGUUUUGGUCGGAUGUCAUGGAUCCAAUUGAAUCUACAACGUCAUUACCCAAGUCGAUACAAACAUUCACGGAUGUGCCAGAGAUGAAAACUACAAAGGAUGUCUUCCCAUUGUUAGUUCUCACUGCCGCUCCCACAACAACUGAACGCACCACCACCAGUACAACAACAAGGAGACCGACUACAAAAUCUGCUCCUGCGAGGACAGUUGGAUCAGCAAGUAAGUGGGAAAGGCUCCGGACCACAACACCUUCACCGACGACAACUGCAGGCGUACCGAUUUUCACUCUGUUUCCUGCUACUAAGCAACAGUCAAUCACUCACACUCCAGUUACUCGUACGCCAAUUCCUGAAACCACAGAAGCGCCAACAAAUCAUGGACCAGGAGGUCAGUUCACCUCUUCUGUGGGUGCAACUGUGGAGACUGGUCCGAAUGGGUGGGAGAGUGUUCCUCAGCAGUGUGGAGGAUGUGGGCAUCGAGUCAGAACGAGACAGUGCCAGAAGACAGAGUGUCGGAACGAAGAUAAGCGAGCUUGUAAUUUCGGCGUUUGUCCUACCGGUACGAACUUCUUAAUCAAUAAUGGAGAGUUCCAUAUUCUCUGGCGAGGCUGCUGCGUAGGACUCUUCAGGUAU